AUGGCGAUGAAAUUAAAAUCUAGUCCUAGUAAUUUAACAUUUUAUACAACUUGGUGGUUAACUUCAACAUCAUCAAUUUCACCUAAAAUAACAUCAUCUAGUCAAACUUCUUUAAAGCUAGAUGACAAAUGUAAUAUUAUUGAACAAGUUAUCAAUCAAGAUGAAUUCGUAUCAAAUUGUUGUAUUCCAAUUAAAAUAUUUCGUAUUAAACGAUGA